CUGAAUAAUAAACAAAACAAAAUUGGAAGUUCCAAUUUGGGGCUCCCACGAUUUCAAUUCACCCUUUUCUCCUACCACGCCCAACACCUCCGAUUCUCCUUACAAACAGCGUUGCCAGGUGAUUGAUUUAGAAGUAAAUAGAGGAUGGGGGCAUUGAUGUCGAGGUUCUGGUUCAUGCUAUUCCCUGCAAAAGAGUAUAAGAUUGUGGUAGUUGGAUUGGAUAACGCGGGAAAAACCACGACCCUUUAUAAGUUGCAUCUUGGUGAGGUUGUCACUACCAACCCUACUGUUGGUAGCAACGUUGAAGAGCUCGUCUACAAAAAUAUACGAUUUGAGGUCUGGGAUCUUGGUGGACAAGAAAGACUUCGGACAUCAUGGGCAACAUAUUACCGAGGAACUCAUGCUGUAAUUGCGGUGAUAGACAGUAGUGAUAGAGCCAGGAUCUCUAUAAUGAAGGAUGAACUUUUCAGGUUGCUGGGGCAUGAAGAUUUGCAAAAUUCUGUUAUUCUUGUGUUUGCUAAUAAACAAGAUAUCAAGGAUGCUAUGACUCCUGCCGAGAUCACUGAUGCACUAUCUCUUCACAGCAUCAAGGAUCAUGAUUGGCAUAUACAAGCUUGCUGUGCCCUCUCAGGAGAAGGACUGUAUGAUGGUCUUGGAUGGAUUGCUCAGCGAGUAACUGGCAAAGCUCCAACAUGAUACUGGGCUGCUUGAAUCCAGGAACGAGAUUCAUUUUUCGUGUAUUGAAUUUAUAUGAUGAGGGACAAAAUCUGUAUCAUUUAUCCUUCAAAGGGCCAAGCCAAGAUAGUGUGUUUUAUUUGUCAUGAAGAAAAAGAUUAUUCAAUAAUCAAUUUAGACUCACAUUUUUCCAGAGGAUGAAACUAGAUUAAAUUUCUU